GGAGGUCGGUGGGCCGGGCCGAGCGGCUCUCUUGUGCGCUGGGGUGCUCUAGUCCCCCGCCAGCGCGGCCGCGGCUUACGCCUGCCGAGCCCUCCCACGCCCACCUGUUGCCGGGAGACCCGCAGCGGUUAGGACCAGGGCCUGUGGGAGGCUCGCACAGCCAGCCCCUGUACUCCCGAUCACAAGCCAGCACCACACUUCGCCUCCUUCCCCUCCACACGGACCCCGCGGUUCGAGUUGUGGCUCUGCGUCGUCUCAGCUGUCUACCCCUAGAACUUUAGUUUGGCUUCUCCAUGGAUAGUGCGACUCAUGGACCUUCCAUCCCCUAAUUCUCUGUACCGCCUCCCCGACCUUGUGAAUGCAUGCAGCCCUGGAAGUAGAAAUCGUUCAGUUUUAGCCAUUUCGGUUUAAGAGACGAUCUGUUGGCUCUUAGACACCCCGACAUACAUAUAUUUUUACUACUUGUGUGCUCUUGCGGUAAUUCUGAAUUCAAGCUGGAACAGGGUGGGGCAUUCUGAUGCAGGAGGUACAGAGCUUGGUUUGAGGGAGGUACCAGAGAGUUAACUGCUACCAAGCAUCUGCCUUCGGUGCUUGCUCCUGCAGGGAGUGGUUGGUGUCCCCCACACCCCCAUGCACACCCACGAUGCCCCUGUCCCGCUGGCUGAGAUCUGCAGGGGUCUUCCUGCUGCCGGCCCCCUGCUGGGCACCCCGGGAGAGGUGGUUUGGUUCCCUACAACGACCCUCCCUGGCAUACGGGUGUCCAGUCCUGGGGGCCUGGCUCAGUGCCCGCUGGUGGUGCCAAGUGUGGACAGAGGAGCGUCGAGCAUUUUGCUCGUCUCUCACAAUGAAUGGGAACCAGAAAUUGGAUGCUCGUAACCAAGAAAGGCAGGAUUUCAUCCAGCACUUCUCCCAAAUCGUCAAGGUGCUGACUGAGGAUGAACUAGGCCACCCAGAGACAGACGAUGCCAUUACCCGGCUCAAGGAGGUCCUGGAGUACAAUGCUGUGGGAGGCAAGUACAACCGGGGGCUGACUGUGCUCCAAGCAUUCCGGGAGCUGGUGGAGCCGAGGAAGCAGGACGCCGAGAGUCUUCAGCGGGCCCUGACGGUGGGCUGGUGUGUAGAACUGCUCCAGGCCUUUUUCCUUGUGUCAGAUGACAUCAUGGAUUCUUCCCUCACUCGCCGGGGACAGAUCUGCUGGUAUCAGAAGCCAGGCAUCGGCUUGGAUGCCAUCAACGAUGCUCUGCUUCUGGAAGCCUGCAUCUACCGCCUGCUGAAGUCCUACUGCAGGGAGCAGCCCUACUACCUCAACCUGCUGGAGCUCUUUCUGCAGAGUUCCUAUCAGACGGAGAUUGGGCAGACCCUCGACCUCAUCACAGCCCCCCAGGGCCAGGUGGAUCUUGGUAGAUACACUGAAAAGAGGUACAAAUCUAUUGUCAAGUACAAGACAGCGUUCUAUUCUUUCUACCUGCCUAUCGCGGCUGCCAUGUACAUGGCAGGCAUCGAUGGGGAGAAGGAGCAUGCCAAUGCCCUGAAGAUCCUGUUGGAGAUGGGCGAGUUCUUUCAGGUCCAGGAUGACUACCUUGACCUCUAUGGUGACCCCAACGUGACUGGAAAGAUCGGCACCGACAUCCAGGACAACAAAUGCAGCUGGCUGGUGGUUCAGUGUCUGCAGCGGGCCACUCCGGAACAGCGUCAGAUCUUAGAGGAGAAUUAUGGGCAGAAGGACCCAGAGAAGGUGGCGCGGGUGAAAGCACUGUAUGAAGCGCUGGAUCUGCCAGCUGUGUUCUUCAAGUAUGAGGAAGACAGUUACAGCCGCCUCAAGAGCCUUAUAGAACAGUACUCUGCGCCCCUGCCCCCAUCCAUCUUCUUGGAACUAGCAGGAAAGAUCUACAAGCGGAGAAAGUGACCUCGAGAUUGCAGAGGCUUGAAGGGAGGGAUCUUAAUAAAUUAUUGUACAGCA